AUUCACAUUAUCUACCUCAAAUAUUAUAAAAUAGUAUGUGUGCCAAAAUAAAAUGAAAUGGGUGCCCUACGAUAAUUCCAAAUUUUAAAAGUGACUAGCGUACCAAUCUGAAGUGAAGAAGGUGGGUUCUUUCUCUGCUGAAACAAGGUUUUGAAAUAUGAUGAAUUCAUCUCAAGUAGGAAGUGUUUCAAAAUCAGAACUAAGCUCACUUUAUAGAAUUUCAGAUUCCGCAAUAUACAAAGUCAAGAAGCGAAGUUUUGUUAGGGUUUUGCCAUCAGCAAAAUCAAAAUCUUAUUCAUCAAUUCAGUGUAGUGUUAGUUUUCGACCUUGUAUUGAUAUACACAAGGGGAAAGUGAAACAAAUUGUCGGAUCCACUCUUAAAGACACAAAGGAAGGUGCAUCUGAUAUGGUUACAAAUUUUGUAUCAGAUAAGUCAGCAGGGGAGUUUGCAAAUUUGUACAAAAUGUAUGGUCUUACAGGUGGUCAUGUAAUAAUGCUUGGUGCAGAUCCCUUGAGCCAAUCUGCAGGAAUUGAAGCACUACGUGCUUACCCAGGUGGUCUGCAAAUUGGAGGUGGAAUCAAUUCAGACAAUGCUUUGAGUUAUUUAGAUGAGGGGGCUUCCCAUGUUAUAGUUACUUCGUAUGUCUUCAACAAUGGGCAAAUGGAACUUGAAAGGCUCAAAGAUCUCGUCCGCGUGGUCGGAAAAAAGAGGCUUGUCCUGGAUCUAAGCUGCAGAAAGAAGAAUGGGAAAUAUGCAGUUGUGACUGACAGAUGGCAGAAGUUCAGUGAUUUGUAUGUCGAUCAGCAAACAUUGGAUUUCCUUGCAACUUACGCUGACGAGUUUCUAGUUCAUGGAGUUGAUGUUGAGGGGAAAAGGCUUGGAAUUGAUGAAGAGCUGGUUGCCCUGCUUGGACAACACUCACCCAUCCCAGUAACUUAUGCUGGUGGAGUCACAACAAUGGCUGAUUUGGAAAGGAUAAAAGUGGCAGGGAUGGGACGUGUAGAUGUUACUGUUGGAAGUGCGUUGGAUAUUUUCGGAGGUGAUAUAGCCUACGCAGAUGUUGUGGCUUGGCACAAGAAACAGGAAGCUUCUGUUGUUUCGUGAAACCAUUUGUAUUUGAAAUUUCUACGUAAAACGCUUGCUUAGUAGAUUUAUGUUGGACAAGAAUUCUUGCUUGUUUCAAAUUUGCAGUAAUGUUGGUGUGGAUUACAUAUAUUUUUAUUGAGAAUACUGACCCCUUCAGAAUUCA